AGGCCUCGAUUGUAUGCGUAUGGAGCUCUCCAAGGAAAACUGGCAGUUCUGAUUCCCUCCCUCAUGCUGCUUGUGUCUCAAAUCUAAUAAUUAAAACAAGAUACGAGUUGCCUGAGUAUGCGUCAGAAGAUAUAGUGCUUUAACAACAGGAUGGCGCAUUACUAGAAAUGUAAGUGUCUUAUUACAUAUUUACAUCGAGGAAGUUCACGUCAGCAUAUUCAAAUAAUAGCAUUAUCAUCGUACACAAAAAUGAUACAAAACUUCGCAGGAAAGUUACAUUGUUUAGGCGUCAGUGCAGCGGUCACACGUGUUCCUAUUAAAAGGCUAUCAGUAUCAAGUUUUGUCUCAGCAUCCUCCAGAGAUACAAAAGAGUCAGCCAAUACAGAAACAAGUAUGGAUGAGGAGGUUCUUAUAAAAGAAGUUGGAGACAGUGGACUAAUAGUUUUAAAUCGACCUAAAACAUUGAAUGCUGUAACUUUAUCUAUGGUUGAGAAGAUUUAUCCUGUUCUCAAACAAUGGGAAACUUCGAAAAAGCUAAUAAUAAUAGAGGGUGCAGGUGAUAAAGCAUUCUGUGCUGGUGGCGAUGUCAAAUCGCUGGUCUUGGCAUUGAAUAAACCAAAAGGGGAAGCUCUGGGUGAAGAAUUUUUUAAAAAGGAAUACACUCUUAAUUACUUGAUUGGUACAUACAAGAAACCUUAUAUAGCUCUUAUGAAUGGCAUAACAAUGGGAGGCGGCGUUGGAUUAUCUGUACAUGGCAAAUAUAGAAUCGCCACAGAGAAAACCCUUUUUGCUAUGCCGGAAACAGCUAUAGGACUGUUUCCCGAUGUCGGCGGUUCUUACUUCUUGCCCAGACUAAAGGGAAAAUUGGGUCUCUUUUUAGGAUUAACAGGACACAGAUUAAAAGGUAUUGAUGUACUUCUUGCUGGAAUUGCGACACACUUUGUACUGUCGGAGAAACUCACGGAUUUAAAACGUGAUCUGUUAAUGUCGCAAGAAUCCGAUAUUGAAAAUAUUUUGAACAAUUAUCAACCAAAAUUGAAUCACGUAUUCAGCUUGGCGCCGCAUAUGUCGCAGAUAGAAAACUGUUUUUCUGCUUCAUCUGUCGAAGAGAUAAUUGAAAGGUUAAUAAAAGACAAUUCGGAGUGGGCACAGAAGAACGUAGAAACAUUAAAAAAAAUGUCUCCGGCUUCUCUUAAAGUUGCCAAGAAAGCGAUCGAUGAAGGAAGAGGGAAAUCUUUGGCGGAAUGUUUAGAAAUUGAAUAUAGACUGGCAUACACCGCUUUAAACAAAGACAAUGACUUUUACGAAGGUGUCAGAGCUCUGUUGAUAGACAAAGAUCAAAAACCUAUAUGGAAGCCAGCCUCCUUGUCUCAAGUCACAGAUGAAUAUCUAAAUAAACGAUUUGCGGCACUUCCUGCAGAAAAAGAACUGAAACUGCAAGCUAGUAAAUUAUAAGAUUUAAGAUUUUAUUCCGCAUUUAGUUGUUAUAUUUUAAGCAUAUUUUUGCCACAUAUUGUUAUGAAAACAAGUAAAGAUCUUAUUUUUGUAUUCCAAUUUUGUAUAGAUUGAGAUAUAUAUUAAAGUUGUUGUUCAAAUGUUGAA